AUGGCUUCCAAGUUCCUUGGCCUUUUGGCAGCCUUGCCAAUCUGCAUCAAUGCAGCACCCAACCUUCUUCCUCGUCAAGAUUCUGGCAACACUGCGACUGUUGACCUGUCAGUAGGAGCUCGCCGUGGUGCACCUCAGAAUCUCGCUUCGGGUGUUCUCUAUGGUAUUCCCGACGACCCAACACAGAUCCCUGAUCACUUCUACAGUGAUAUGGGCUUCAACUAUGCCCGUAUCGGUGGCGCUCAGUUAGAGCAAGGUGGUUGGAUUGAAGGCAUUGAUGCCUAUUAUGCACGCUUCAACAACACCAGAGACAACUACUUCCAGGCUCGCAAAUUUGGUGCCAAGGUUAUUGUUCUUCCUCACGACAUUUGGGGAACUGAUCAUGCGAAUGACUCGACUGUAUGGCCAGGUGAUAAUGGCGACUGGACCAACUAUGAUCAGUAUCUUGAUCAACUGCUUGGCGACCUCAAGGCCAAUGAUAUGCUCGACGGCCUGGUCUACGACACGUGGAAUGAGCCCGAUGGCGGUUUCUUCUGGAAACGUUCACAGGCACAGUACUUGGAUCUAUGGUCCCGUACCUAUCAACGCAUCAGACAAGACACCGAUCUAGCAGAGGUCUUGAUCAGCGGCCCCUCUUACGCAGGCACACCCAACACCGGCAACGACUGGUGGACCAACUGGGCAGCCCGCAUCGUAGCCGACAACACCAUCCCCGACCAAUACACCUGGCACGACGAACCCGGCGACGUGGCCGUAGACAUGCCCCAAUGGCAAUCCAUCCGAUCGCAAUACUCGCUCCCGGACAAAGAAAUCAACAUCAACGAAUACGCCACUUUCGACCAGCAAAUCUCUGCCGGAGCGGCGUGGUGGAUUUCUCGCCUCGAACGCUACAAUCUCAGAGGAUUGAGAGGAAACUGGCUUUCCGGGUGGCAACUCCGUGACUUUCUUGCUAGUCUGUUGACAAAGACCGAUACCAAUGAUUACACCGGUACUGGAUAUGCCGGCAAUGGCGAGUUCAACGUCUACAAGUACUACCACAACAACAUGACUGGCGAGAGAGCAACCACAACAGGAGCUGGCGAUGGCGUAAUGGAUGUCUAUGCCACCGUGGACUCGGACAAGGCUCGUGUGCUCACCGGUGUCCUCAACAAACAGGGUACUUGGUUCAUCACCCUCAACAACCUCUCUGCACUCGGCUUGAGCGCUUCUGGCGUCUUGAACAUACAGACUUGGGGCUUUGAUGAUGCGGGACACUUUGGUGCUGUGGCUGGUCCUUCGGACCGUGGUGUGUAUGGUCACCAGUAUGACGGCGAUACGGUCACUUUUCCUGUAUAUCAAACUUCUCAGGAUGAAAAAACUGCUUGGGGUUUCGAGUUUGCCGUUGGUGGCUAG